CUGCGGUACUUGCUGCUGCCACUGGUGCCGCCGCCAGAGACAGAGUCCAACGCUGUCAUGCUCCUGCCGCGGGGCGGGCGGCAGCGUGGUCGCGUCGCUAUAUAAGCGCAAGUGGAGGGGGCACCCGGAGGGGCUGAAAAUGAAGGUGCCCGCGCAUGGGCCGCCGCUGAUUGCCAACCCCUCCCGAGCUCGCUCCCGGCGUGGAGCCCGAGGCCGCCGAGGACCCGCCUUCACAGCAGUAGCAGCAGGAGCAGCGGCGCGGACAGCAACUGCGGCGGCGGUGGCGGUGGCGCCCCUCGCGCCGGCGCGUAGAACCGCGGCGACUCCGGGGCCGCCGCUGGCCCCGCUGCCAUGAGUUGUGCGGAGGUGAUGUAUCACCCCCAGCCGUAUGGAGCGCCCCAGUAUCUGCCCAACCCCGUGGCAGCUGCAACCUGCCCCACAGCCUGCUAUCAUCCGGCGCCCCAACCUGGCCAGCAGAAGUUAGCGGUAUACAGCAAGAUGCAGGACUCUCUGGAAGUCACGCUUCCCAGCAAACAAGAGGAGGAUGAGGAGGAGGAGGAUGAGGAUGAGGAGGAGGAGAAAGACCAGCCUGCCGAGAUGGAGUACCUUAACUCUCGCUGUGUCCUUUUCACUUAUUUCCAGGGAGACAUUGGGUCAGUAGUGGAUGAACACUUCUCAAGAGCUUUGGGCCAAGCCAGCACCUUGCAUCCAGAAUCUGCCAUUUCAAAAAGCAAGAUGGGGCUAACCCCCUUAUGGCGAGACAGCUCAGCUCUCUCAAGCCAGCGGAGUAAUUUCCCAACUUCCUUUUGGACCAGCUCUUACCAGCCCCCACCUGCACCCUGUUUGGGGGGAGUUCAUCCUGACUUCCAAGUCACUGCACCCCAUGGCACCUUUACAACAGCAGACCCCAACUCUUGGCCAGGACAUGGUCUGCAUCAGACUGGCCCUGCCCCUCCCCCUACUGCAUCCGAGUCCUGGCACUAUCCUCUGGCAUCUCAGGUGAGCCCGUCCUACAGCCACAUGCAUGACAUGUACAUGCGGCAUCACCAUCCUCACGCCCACAUGCAUCACCGCCACCACCAUCACCACCACCACCCAGCUGCUGGUUCUGCCCUGGAUCCCGCGUAUGGGCCCCUGCUAAUGCCAUCAGUGCGUACUGCCAGGAUUCCUGCUCCCCAGUGUGACAUCACCAAGACAGAUCCGACUACAGUCACCACUGCUACCUCAGCAUGGGCCGGAGCCUUUCAUGGGACAGUGGACAUCAUGCCAAGUGUGAGCUUUGAUGCAGGUCUUCAGCAUCAGGACAAGAGCAAAGAAUCAGCUUGGUACUGAAUCAUGGUAUUAGCAAGUGAUAUUGCAACCUGAAUCCGGGGGCCACUAAGAAAAGAUGCCAUUGAGAUUUCCUAUCCAGCAAUGCACACAGGAAAAAUGGAUGGAGAAGAGAACAUAUAAGGCCAUUGUCUUUAGAUUUGAACUGUUUCUGGAGAAAAGAGUGGGUCCUAAACAUUGAAGAGAAGCAUUUUGUCUGUUUUCCUCCAUCUGAGCCUUUGUCAGCUUUGCAGCGUCUCGUUUUACUCGCCUGUACCAGAACCUGCGUUAGUUUUUGUUUGCUUCCUCUUUUUUUCUGUUUGAACCAGCCACCUUGUCAGAAGAUGAGCCAACAGAAGAAAUGCUCAUUCCUUCAGGAAAACCGUCUUGUAGCUUUCUCUUCUAUUGUUGUAGAACUACAGAAACUUUGAUUUAGCAUGGAGGAGAUAUUUUUGAGGGAUGUAAUUUUUUUUUUUAAUAUUGUAACAAUUGUUGAGUUCUGUUUAAAGAACUUGCUCUCAGAAAAGCACUGGUCAAAAUGUGUUGAAGUGCAGCUCUUUAAAGUGUCGGGAUACUCUGUGUCUGUGCUUCUGAGGGAACCUCACGGGUUUCAGCCUUUCUCAGCAGUGGCGCUCUCUUAGACAAACCAGUGCAGCACUGAGUUGAUACUGAAUCUCAGUGAAGAUUUCAUUCCAUUAUAGCUCCCUUAGUUUGCAAUUAUAUAUGUGCAGUUUGAAAAGGCAGUUUCUUUUAAAGGGCCACAGAUUAUAGCAUAUUUUAUUACUUUUAUUUCUUCCAAAAGAGUUCUUGGAGGUUGACUAACAAGAUAGUUUAGCUUAAUGAACAAAAUGUCAUCUCUCUAUAGUCCAUCCAAUCUUUAUAAUUGGGAAAAGAGCUUAU